CCUCCUCGCGGCGUAAUGUGCCAGGAAUAUGGAACACCCUCAAUAAACUUUAGGACUGCGCAGCACCUUGGAAAGAGUACGAGAACCCGCAGCCUCCCAGGAAAGCGCAGCUCUCUUGCCGGGAACUUCCCCUUUAAGCGCCUGCGCGCCGGGCCACGGAAGGCGCCCACCGGAAGUCGCUGCGCGCCGCCACGAAGUCAGAUUCCUCCGCUGAGCGCGGUGCUUUAUCCUGCGGCGCCGCCCCGUCUCCUAGCCCCAGAUCUCCUCCACUCCCUGCCGCUCGCCGGUUUCAGGCUUCCUGACUCCCGCUUCUCCGGCGAAGAGUCUCGACCGACCCUGCCCGUCAGUGCUCGGGCCUAGGCCCGGCCAGGCCCGCGGAAUGCCGACAUGCUGCCGCCGGACCCGCCCCUGAGCUAAACGCACUUCCGGCGUGGCGGGCGGGCGGCGAUGGACGCGCUGGCCUUCCUGAUGCAGGACCUCCUGCCGCAGAACCAUGGGAGAACACUGAGCUCAUGGACCAGGUGCGGCGGCUGCUAUGCGAGAAAGCCAACCUGCUGGCCCAGGUGCGUCCGCCUGCCUGCCCGGUAGCUCUUCCUGAGAUUUUAAAAAGCGACUCCACGCGGCUUCCCGAGUUUUAGAUCCAAGCGGCCUCUUAUAUGAGGUUUUUCGAGGACAGAUUAUUAAGUGACACCCUCAAGGUGGCGUUUUUAAUCAGUCGCCUCAGUGGGCCGGCGGAGGAGUGGGUUGUCCCCUAUAUUGAGACAGAGCCCUAUCCUGGCGAAUUACGAGGGCUUCGUGGGCGCGCUGAAGCUGGCCUUUGGCAGGGAGGGGCUGGAAACAGGGCUACGAGCCCCUGUCCCCCCCACGUACUGAGUUGUGCUUGGCAUUGACUCACCUAGAGUUGCCCAGCCUCCAGCUGUUGGGCCCACAACCGGCGCGAGGAAGUUCCCUUGCCUUCGCACUUGGCCCAGCAACCCAGCCAUUGUCAGAGGACCUGUUAGAAAUUGAAUGGACCACUCCGAAUCACGUUCCUGCCACCUGCCACUUCGGAAGACUGCCUAACCGCCUUGGACCGUCUGGGCCAGCCAGGGAAGGGCCUGAGCUUGUCACAUCCCCCCCAGGGUCACCGAUUUGGAUAGCUCAGGCCCAAAUAGCUUCCAGGGUUCACGUGCCUAGCAGCCAAAACGACACUUCUGCCCCAGCAGCCUGUUUUCCACAUGCUUCCUUUCUGUUCUGAAACCAAAGCAAACUCACAGAUUGUGCCUUCUGGGCAGAGAUAUCCAGGCCCUGAACAGUACAUGGGAAAAGUAUUUACUUUGAAAAUGUAAAUAAGUAUUUUACAGCACCAAAUGCUGGAGACUGUACUUGGUGUUAUACAAGGCACAGAUGAAUGAGACCAAAUGUAUUUCCCCCGGACCAAAAUAGUGAGAAAAAAGUAAUAAAUGCAUGUUCUGAUAUCUGGUAAACUAA